GCAAAACUCAGAGUCUCAGACAAUGGCAGAGUCAAAACGCUAGUUUUAUUCAUAAGUUGAGUCAGCCACGGAACGCAGCAUGCCAAAACACCCCAAACACCCAAACACAGCCAGGCAGGAAAUUUCAUCCCAUACAAAACAAUGCUUCUUCGACUUCUCUUGCUACUAUCGGUUCUUGGCUCGUCCUGGAUCGGAUGGGUCAAUUCACAUCAGGAAUCAGGUGAGUGGAGCUGCGAGUCCGACGAAGAGAUCAGAAUAGAAGCCGAGUUCAAGCCUGGAUUCAUCACCCUCGAUGGCCACGCCGAUGAUUGGAAAGACAUUGAUGGCUUGGACUCCUCACUGCUUCCUGCUCUCGACCCCGAUGACGAUAAAAAAUACACAGGAGGAAAAAUGACCGUCAAGGCCUUGCAUGAUGGUAACGAUAUGUUUUUCUUGUUGCAAGUUGAUGGGAACUAUGCUUAUACAAAAGGUGAUAACAAGAAAUGCCCAUCAGUUGCUCUCAUGUUUCCGAUUGGCGAUGAAGCAACCUAUCACAAUAUGGGUGGCUGCAAGGAGGGAACUGGUACUUGCAAUAGGAAGACUUGCAAAGGUCAUGAAGUUGAUAUUAUGCACUUCUCAAUUGGAAAUGCUAUCCCAGGAAGACUCUAUGGUGGGAAUCCAUUAGACAACGGAGAAGGAAAUGGAGGUGACAGGUUUGGUCAUUUGGUUGAUCUCUAUUCUUGGAAUCCACACUGUAGAUACCUUGAUGGCACUGGUCCUUCAGGAAAUGAUUCUAGUGGCCAGAAUAACUGGAAGGGGGCAUGGUGGCACAGUAGCUUCAAUGUCCACUCAGGUUUUGUAGAGGAAGACAGUCCUUAUACAUCAGAUAGUCAGAAGGGAACGUAUUUCUUUGAAUUCUCUCGGCCUUUAAGAACCAUGGAUCGUCUCCAACAGGAUGCUCAGUUUACAAUUGGUGGAUCUAGCAAGAUGGCUGUCGCAUUCUGGUAUCCAGUUGACGGGAAUUCAUGGCAUGGAUCUGGUCACUAUUCUGUCAACUGUGAUUGGAUACCCCUGGACAUCUCUCCAGGCAGUUCUAUGUUAAAGGCAUCUACAACAGGCAGCUCAGGAGAUGUUGCCAGUGCCUUUGCCCUUCUAUUCUCAGUUGUCUCUAUAUGUCUCUCUGUUUUUGUGGGAUAUAGAGCAGCAACUAGAUCCAGGAAUGAACCCUAUGAAGCAGUGGGAAAUCUUUAGGCCAGCAAUGGGGCUCUGUGAGUGUACCGUAAUUGAGAACUGUACUACUUAGCUUGUACUUCGAUCACCACCACAACUGCCUGUACUCCGAUCACUACCACAUCGAUAGAUUUUUUAAAAAAUUUAUUAUAACUCAAUUGUUAGUUUAUUAAAACCUUUAUGAUGUGUUUUCUAACUUUCCUUUUCUUUUUGGGUAUUCUUUAACUGAUGCUGUAUGUAUUUUGCUUUUUGAUAGCGUGUGCUAUACACCAGCCUUUUGGUUUUUGAAGUAUCAGUGCACAAGUCACAGGUUAACAACGCUAUCUAUAGACAGCUGGUUUCCUUCAACAGAAACAAACGGCGCGUCCUCUUCUGCUCAUCUUCCCUUUUUGUCCAGGUGCCGCGCGCUGUGACAAGUAAGAACAGUAACUAACCCUAAAAAGUAAAAACCACAGGCGAACUGUAACCAACCCAAAGCUUAUACAGCGAGCGAUAUCAAUUACAUAAUCUGCAGAUGCGCUUUUCUUUUGAGAAUCAGGCUGCAAUGGCUGGUGAUGGAAGCAAAAAAUCUCAAGUAUCUACAGCUCCUCCUCGAAAAAUGAAUGUUCAAAAAUUUGCAGAAAACAGAGCACCUGAACUCGAGAGUCUCCACUCAAUCGUAUCAAACCGAACAAACAAUAAUUUCCGAUCUCUAAGAAACAAGAGAAGAAUAACCACUGCUUACAACAAGCAAGCUGCAAAAUAGAGACCUAGAAAGAGGAAAUUAGGACUGUCUGCUAAAGUGAAGGAUGACCUGGAUUCGGCUUCGAUAAAGUCCGUCGCCGAGUUUGCUGGAGAAUUGAACUUAAAAAAGAAUCCAGGAAUUUAUGGUCCAUGCAGUUUCAAAAAAUUAUAACGCUGGAUCCCAUAAAAAGACCAGAUUCCCGAAUCCAACAAAAGGGAGCCCAAACUCAUUUUGGACUCAUGGAGAAAUAAAUUAGGCCCAUCUAUUAUUUCGGCCCAAAUAAGAACUUGCUGAAAAAACAGGAAACAAACUUAAAAUCAAAUCCAGUAUCUAUCUAACAGAAAGAAAGCAGUCAACUCACCUCUUAAACAGUCUUGGAGAUUUGGAGUAUAGGUGGUAGGAGAUGGGAAGGAUCAAGCCUCAAGCUCUGCUGAAACAGAGCAAGAAGAAGAAAGCGCCGAGUCGAAUAAGCAUCGCUACUAUUCUCUUAUGCUGCUUCAUUUUUAUAUUGACUGUAUUUUUCUUGUAUUCUACGUAUAAAACUGGUCGUUAAGGUAUGUCAAGUUCAAAGUUUGAUGAUUUAUCCUUUGUGCUGUAAUAUUUGAUGAUGAUUUACAGUUUGGAUGCCCCCAACUAUUUGGAUUUGGAUCUGUAUUUUUCUGUACGCACGUUGGCUAAAAUAUUUUUUCAUUGUGGAAAUGCAAUGUGUUGAUUGUCAGGUUA